GAAGGUUGCUGCGUCGCGCCUACGUCAGCCGCGGGAAAUUCCCCUCCCGCCAGGCUGCUCGCCUCUCGGCCGGGCCAGCACUCGGCUCUCCCCGCUCCGCCCCCUGCCCCUGGCUCCCGCACGGUAGACGGCGACGCUGGGUGACCCGGAGCGCAAGAAUUAAGGGGGUAGGAAGGUGUGAGCCGCAAACCCAGCGGAGGGCGGGAAGAAGGAGGAGGCCUCUAGGGUGGUCGAGGGACUGGGGGCCCCGCCGGCAGAGGUCCCUCGGCCUCCUGACUGACUGACUGCGGCCGCCUCCGGCCAGGACGCUGGGAGCUGCCUGCGGGAAGGUGCGGGGAGCGGAGCCAUGGCCUCCGGUGCGUAUAACCCGUAUAUAGAGAUAAUUGAACAACCCAGGCAGAGGGGAAUGCGUUUUAGAUACAAAUGUGAAGGGCGAUCAGCAGGCAGCAUUCCAGGGGAGCACAGCACAGACAACAAUCGAACAUACCCUUCGAUCCAGAUUAUGAACUAUUAUGGAAAAGGAAAAGUGAGAAUUACAUUAGUAACAAAGAAUGACCCAUAUAAACCUCAUCCUCAUGAUUUAGUUGGAAAAGACUGCAGAGACGGCUACUAUGAAGCGGAAUUUGGACAAGAACGCAGACCUCUGUUUUUCCAAAAUUUGGGUAUUCGAUGUGUGAAGAAAAAAGAAGUAAAAGAAGCUAUUAUUACAAGAAUAAAGGCAGGAAUCAAUCCAUUCAAUGUCCCUGAAAAACAGCUGAAUGAUAUUGAAGAUUGUGACCUCAAUGUGGUGAGACUAUGUUUUCAAGUUUUCCUCCCUGAUGAACAUGGUAAUUUGACGACUGCUCUUCCUCCUGUUGUCUCGAACCCAAUUUAUGACAACCGUGCUCCAAAUACUGCAGAAUUAAGGAUUUGUCGUGUAAACAAGAAUUGUGGAAGUGUCAGAGGAGGAGAUGAAAUAUUUCUACUUUGUGACAAAGUUCAGAAAGAUGACAUAGAAGUUCGUUUUGUGUUGAACGAUUGGGAAGCAAAAGGCAUCUUUUCACAAGCUGAUGUACACCGUCAAGUAGCCAUUGUUUUCAAAACUCCACCAUAUUGCAAAGCUAUCACAGAACCCGUAACAGUAAAAAUGCAGUUGCGGAGACCUUCUGACCAGGAAGUUAGUGAAUCUAUGGAUUUUAGAUAUCUGCCAGAUGAAAAAGAUACUUACGGCAAUAAAGCAAAGAAACAAAAGACAACUUUGCUUUUCCAGAAACUGUGCCAGGAUCACGUUAAUUUUCCUGAGAGACCAAGACUUGGUCUCCUCGGUUCAAUUGGAGAAGGAAGAUACUUCAAAAAAGAACCAAGCUUGUUUUCUCAUGAUGCAGUUGUGAGAGAAAUGCCUACAGGGGUUUCAAGUCAAGCAGAAUCCUACUAUCCCUCACCUGGGCCCAUCUCAAGUGGAUUGUCACAUCAUGCCUCAAUGGCACCUCUGCCUUCUUCAAGCUGGUCAUCAGUGGCCCACCCCACCCCACGCUCAGGCAAUACAAACCCACUGAGUAGUUUUUCAACAGGGACACUUCCUUCUAAUUCGCAAGGUAUCCCACCAUUCCUGAGAAUACCUGUUGGGAAUGAUUUAAAUGCUUCUAACGCUUGCAUUUAUAACAAUGCCGAUGACAUAGUCGGAAUGGAAGCGUCAUCCAUGCCACCAGAAGACUUAUAUGGUAUUUCUGAUCCCAACAUGCUGUCUAAUUGUUCUGUGAAUAUGAUGACAACCAGCAAUGACAGCAUGGGAGAGACCGAUAAUCCAAGACUUCUGAGCAUGAAUCUUGAAAACCCCUCAUGUAAUUCAGUGUUAGACCCAAGAGACUUGAGACAACUCCAUCAGAUGUCCUCUUCCAGUAUGUCAGCAGGCACCAAUUCCAAUACUACUGUUUUUGUUUCACAAUCAGAUGCAUUUGAGGGAUCUGACUUCAGUUGUGCAGAUAACAGCAUGAUAAAUGAGUCGGGACCAUCAAACAGUACUAAUCCAAACAGUCAUGGUUUUGUUCAAGGUAGUCAGUAUUCAGGUAUAGGCAGUAUGCAAAAUGAGCAAUUGAGUGACUCCUUUCCAUAUGAAUUUUUUCAAGUAUAACUUACAAGAUUUAAAUCCUUUUAAAUCUUGAUACCACCUACACAGAUGCAGCAUUUUGUAUUUGUCUAACUGGGAAUAUAAUACUGUAUUUAUACUGUAUAUAUAAUACUGACUGAGAAUAUAAUACUGUAUUUGAGAAUACAAAAAACUUUUUUCAGGGAAGAAGCAUACAACUUUGGACAUAGUGAAUACAAAAUUGGAAGCUGUCAUAAAAAGACAACUCAGAGGCCAGGCGCAGGGCCUCACACCUGUAAUCCUAGCACUUUGGGAGGCCGAGGCAGGUGGAUCACUUGAGGCCAGGAAUUCGAGACCAGCCUGGCCAACAUGGUGAAACCCCAUCUCUACUAAAAAUACAAAAAUUAGCUGAGCAUGGUGGUACGUGCCUGUACUGUCAGCUACUUGGGAGGCUGAGACACAAUAAUUGCUUGAACCCAGGAAGCGGAGGUUGCAGUGAGCUGAGAUCACACCGCCGCACUCCAGCCUGGGU